AGCACAGCGACAAAAGAGAAAGUGGGGCGUUCGUUGCGCUGGGGCGCGGCUGCCCAGCGGGUGCGCUAGUCCAAGUUGGCACUAGAGCGUUAGCGCAUCCGAACGUCCCGUCGAGCCCUCAGGACGACCCUUGGUCGCUGUUCAGGUUACCUUUUUCGUUUUUAAGCCAGCAGGGGAAAAUGUAAAGCGUAUGGGCCAUGAGAGCUGAACGGUAUACUCGCGGAAGGCUCUUGGCGGAUUGAGCGAUCCAUAAGACCACCCAACCCAAGUUGCAGACAGGUACUCGUCAGAGAGCAGCACCGCUACUAACGAGCGUCGAUGUCUUCUGGCGCCGAACCUCUGGCCCGGAUUGUGUCACUGAGCCUUCCUGAGGAUACCAAAUGUGGACAUCCGGCUCAAGUCGGUGGCUGCUUUUGUGCGGUUCGCACAGGUGGCGAUACGCUGGCAGGAACGUUCACGAUCAAACUAAACUCAAACCGACGUCAACUGGUUGAACUCUAUUUCGAAGGUGUGUGUCGAACAUGGCUUCCAGACAGGGACAUCGGGCAUUUUCAUGCCUACGAGCAUCGCUUCCUGCUGCAAGUACAGUGUCUUGAGGCGAGGCCGGCGAGGCAUCAAUCUACAGGAUAUGCUGUUACCUGGCCCGCGCUUCAAACCAUACCAUUCGUAUUCCAAAUUCCUUCGACGAUACCAGCGGAGACGGUCGGGAGCAACUCGCGUCAAGACCAAGCCGAUCACGGCCUCUAUCCGUCAGCAAAAAUUGGACGUACAUACUUUGACUCUGCCAAUGACAAGAUCUUCGCACAGCCCUUCAUAACGUACACACUAUCAGCAAGCAUCAGAAGGAACGUCACAACCAGGCCGUUUCGACACUGCAUCUCAAGACCAAUCAAGGUGAUGCCGACCACGGCUGCACCUCCUCCCGUUGAUACAACGUCUUUCGAGGGCGAGUACGUGCGAGUAGCAAGAGCCAAUCUCCGCAAUAGUUUCUACAGCCGCUCCUUCGGAUCUCUCGCAUUCUCAGCGGACGAGCCUCAGGUCAUACGGCUCCCGGAACAAUUUUCACAAUCACAAACGACCGUCUUCCUGAGGAUCUCCUUCCAACACAUCAGAACUGAAGUAAAGCUCAAGACAAUACCGUAUGAUUGGAAAUUUGAGGUUAGCUCACGUCUCCAGCGCCGAGUGUUCUGCGCGACCCAUCCUUUGGCUCGCAUGCCUACCAUCGCAGAUGCCAGUGGAAGCUCGAAGAUUGGUCUUCGUACAGAAAUACUGUUAGCAAAGCAGCAAAGAUACGAGCACCUUGCCUGGCGCAACAACCAUACCACCCCGCACGGUACAAUUCUACUGUCCGACAACAAGGCAGCCUCUUGGAUUACUACGAUACCGAUCAAAGUUUCUGCUGAUAGUAGUCUGUUCCCUUCGUUCUUUUGCGCGACCUGUUCGCUGAGAUAUUCCAUUUUACUUGACAUACGUGUAGUGGGGGUAUGGUCGAGCCACUCAUCUUUGGCAGUCCCGGUACAAAUUAUCAGUCCUGCUCGAAAGAUGAUACAAAUGGAGCGAGACAAUGAAAGGAUCUCUGGAACGCAACUAGCGGAAUCUCCAGGUGGAGAUCUGGGCGCUGCUCAGGAAUCGCGACCUCCUGAGUAUCGGCCAACUCCUUUCUAGACAUCAAUUAUCAUGUGUUUUAAAGUUACCGUGCAAUAGACAAUACCAUCAAAUGCGCC